CUGCUGUCGCUGUUGCUUCUGCUGCUGCCUCAAGCCUCCUCGGCACCCUGCUGCUGGGCCGCCAUGCUCCUGCCCAUGCCGGGAGACUGACCGCAGCCCGCACCAUCUCUCCACCCACCCGCACCAUCUCUCCACCUGCCGGCACCAUCUCUCCACCUGCCGGCACCCGCUGGACCCCAGGGUCCUGCCCCGGCCCAGGAGGUCAGCGGGGGAAUCAUUAACAAGAGGCCGUGACAUGGCGGAGAAGGAGGGUGGCCAGAACACCCCUUGCUGCUCCGGACCCAAGCUGGCAGCCUUUGCUGUGGGGACCCUGAUGCUCCUGACAGGCAUUGGGGCCGCGGCGUGGGCCAUUGUGACCGUGCUCCUCAAGACGGACCAGGAGCUGCUCUACCCAGUGCAGCUCAACCCCGUAGAUGGCCGGCUCACAGUGUUUGACAGCACUGAGGGGACCUGGAGGCUUCUGUGCUCUUCGCGCUCCAACAACAGAGUGGCGGGACUCAGCUGCGAGGAGAUGGGCUUCCUCAGGGCGCUGGACCAUUCGGAGCUGGACGUGCGGACUGCGGGUGCCAAUAGCACGUCGGGCUUCUUCUGCGUGGACGAGGGCCAGCUGCCCCACGCCCAGAGACUGCUCGAGGUCAUCUCCGUGUGUGACUGCCCCAGGGGACGCUUCCUGGCUGCCGUGUGCCAAGACUGCGGACGUCGGAAGCUGCCGGUGGACCGGAUCGUGGGGGGCCGGGACACCAGUCUAGGCCGCUGGCCCUGGCAAGUCAGUCUCCGCUACGAUGGCUCCCACAUGUGCGGGGGCUCCCUGCUCUCGGGGGACUGGGUGCUGACGGCGGCCCACUGCUUCCCUGAGAGAAACCGGGUGCUGUCCCGCUGGCGAGUGUUUGCGGGUGCCGUGGCCCAGGCGUCACCUCAGGGCUUGCAGCUGGGGGUGCAGGCUGUCAUCUAUCACGGGGGCUACCUUCCCUUCCGGGACCCCAACAGUGAGGAGAACAGCAAUGACAUCGCCCUGGUGCACCUUUCCAGGACUCUGCCCCUCACAGAAUACAUCCAACCCGUGUGCCUUCCCGCUGCCGGCCAGGCCUUGGUGGACGGCAAGGUCUGUACUGUGACAGGCUGGGGGAACACACAGUACUAUGGCCAACAGGCUGGGGUGCUCCAGGAGGCACGUGUCCCCAUCAUUAGCAACGAUGUCUGCAACAGCCCCGACUUCUACGGGAAUCAAAUUAAGCCCAAGAUGUUCUGUGCUGGCUACGCAGAGGGUGGCAUCGACGCCUGCCAGGGUGACAGCGGGGGCCCCUUUGUGUGUGAGGACAGCAUCUCUCGGGCACCACGCUGGCGGCUUUGUGGCAUCGUGAGCUGGGGCACAGGCUGUGCCCUGGCCCAGAAACCGGGUGUCUACACCAAAGUCAGUGACUUCCGGGAGUGGAUCUUCCAGGCCAUAAAGACUCACUCCGAAGCCAGUGGCAUCGUAACACAGCUCUGACCUGUGGUGUCUCCUUGCUGCAUGUAUUUCCGGGGCCAGCUCGACCAAAGUGCCUCACCCCACAAGGUGCGGACCACUUAGUGCCUGGGAUGGAACAUUUUCCUUCUUGGGUCCAGUCCAUGAGCACAAGGACACCCUCCUUUCCUCCAGGAGCCUCUCUUCCACAGUGGCGGGCACACUGGGCCCUGGGACCACCCAAGCGUCACCCUCCUGACCCCUAUCUCUAUGUAAAUAUUGUUCUGCCAUCUUGGAGCCUCCCCUGGGUGCCCCUGAUGACAGGAUGUUCUUUAAAUAAUAAAGGUGGUUUUGAUUA